GGCUAAAUUUAUAUCAAAUAUUAACAGAUCCAAAUGAUCGAUCGCCGUUCAAUGAAACUGGUUUGAUCCACGGUUUGCUAUGGUGAUCGACAUUAGAACGAAAAGCACGAACGCGGUAUAGCUGGAAUGUGGUAUAGGGUGUUGUAUAUCACGGCAGAGCACAGCUACUAUAUAUGUAUAUUAUCCUGAGCUGCCGUGAACGUAGAGGAUAGAAUAGCGUGCACCACGUCCUUGGACUUAUAUAACGAGAACGAGGGGCAAAAGGAAGCGUGACAAAGAGGUUAAAAAAACAAAGGAUCGAGGGUGGAGCCCGGUGCAGUGAUUGAGGAUGAGAAAUAAAAUAUGGUGGGUGGAUUAGCAAACGCAUGGGGGCAGAAUUUUCGUGAAAUUUGCAAUUGCGGAUGUGAUAUUAUUCUACAGAGUUAAUGUUUACCCCGUUCUCUAUUUCAUUACGGAUUUAAUAUUCUUCGUUGGACGCCAAUCGGUGGGCACGUAGUUUCUAUUAUUUUACAAGCGAGUGCUGCUGGUAGAACGGAGGAAGUGGACAGAAGAAUGUGGAAUAUUAUGAUCCAAGGUAUCCUGACUUGAUUGGAUAAACUGCCAAAUACUAAGAGAAAAAAAAUUUACUGCACUUAAUGCCAAGUGGUACAAGAUACAGGACGUCUUCUAACUCUGAAAAUGUCACGUCACGGUUUUUAUGCUAGAAAAAUGCAAGGAUACAAAACGAAUAUGACAGAGCCAUUUAAUUUUAAAACCGCAAGGAGUGCUUGAUGGUCCUGCUUGAUUUGAAUUAUUAUAGUGAAGCUACAAGUCCAACGACAUUACGACCAGAUCCUGGCGUGUUGAUGGGCAAUUGAACUUUUAUUAAAUUAUAUAUAAUAUAUAAUCGAUAUGGAUGAAACGAGGAUCUUAUUAUGUUAAAUUAUAAUUAUAUUGAGCAAGGAUUUCUGUAAAAUGUACUGCUUGUUGCGACCGUGUUUUCAAUUGAGCUUUAGGCUGGCAACAAGAAUCAAACUAAAGCAUGUCUGUGCAAGUGUGGCACUCAUUAUGGUUUUAGAUUUUUUUGGAGCCUUUACGCACUUGUUUGAAAUUACUUAUGACGAGCAUUUCAUAUACCCAUUUGACGGGGAUGUGCAUAACUUUGUGGAACAAAUUCGACAUAACGAGAAACCAGAUGUCAGUCCCAUAAAUGAAUACAACUAUAACUAUACAUUUGACGUAAGAAACAAGUGUUCAGGAAAUGAGUAUCAGUCACUGAAGAUUGUCUUUAUAGUCAAAUCUGCUAUCGAUCACUUUGAUAGAAGGCUAGCUAUACGGAAUUCCUGGGGCUUUGAGAAACGGUUCUUUGAUGUGCCAACAAGGACAGUUUUUUUACUGGGUGUCCGGCCUGACGAUGAAGAACUUCAAUCAAAAGUGCAAAUAGAAGCUGCUAAAUAUAAAGACAUCGUACAAGCGGACUUCGUGGACUCUUAUUAUAAUAAUACCAUUAAAACAAUGAUGGGAUUCAAGUGGGUAGUGAAUUACUGCAGCACCUCCAAGUUCUAUAUGUUCGCAGACGACGAUGUUUACGUUUCAGUUAAGAACGUUCUGAGAUUUAUACGUAAUCCUACAUACUAUCCAGACUACUUCAGAGAUACUAGAAAACUAGGUGGACACAAAAGGGAAAUAAAAGAAUCCGACAUGUUAAAUAUAUCAGUGCCUCUUCACUUAACCGAGAACAAUCAAAAUAAUACAUUAACAAUUUAUCGUGGCCAAAGAGCAACUGUGAAAGAGAAGAUAUUGAUGAGACGUAAGCCUGGUUGGACACAUCAUAAUAAAACCAAGUUUCCUGACGAACAAGAAAUAAAAGCUACAAUGGAUUCUGCCUCAACGAAUGUGUCAGAAAGUCAAACUACACAUUGGGCCUCUCCGAAAACAAAAUUGGAAGUAUUUGAAAAGCCAAAUUCCACUAUAUUAAGUCGUAAUAAACGGGCAACUGCCAAGGAAAAAAUAGCAAUGAGACGCAAACCUGGCUGGACAAAUCAUGAGAAAACCAAAUUUCCAUCUCCAACGUUACAAGAAAGUGAAAGAGCAUUCGGGGUCCCUGUUUACACAUCGAAGUCAAUGACGUCUCUGUCAAAGAGAACAAAACGUCAAGUUUUCGAUUUGGAACUUCCUGAAGAUGUCAGAUUGUUUGCCGGCUUCGUUUUUGUGUCAUCGCCGCACAGACACAGAAGCUCCAAAUGGUAUGUUUCACUAAAGGAAUAUCCAUACCACUUGUGGCCACCGUAUGUAACUGCUGGUGCUUAUGUUUUAUCGAAAGAAGCGCUUCUAGAUAUGUAUUAUACUAGUCUUUACACGAAACAUUUUAGAUUCGAUGAUAUUUUUUUGGGCUUGGUCGCUAAGAAGGCUGAAAUUGAACCGUUUCAUUGUGAAGAAUUUCAUUUUUAUAAGAAGGACUAUACGAAAUAUAAUUAUAAAUAUGUAAUCUCAUCGCAUGGAUACGGAGAUCCACAAGAAUUAUUAGAUAUAUGGAACGAACAAAAGGCAUUAGGGAAUGCUUAGUUAAGAUUUAAUAUAAUGUUGCCCAAUGUCCUUAUUCGCUUGAGAACAGUGUUAAGAAUUUGGUCAUAUACGAUUAUUUUAAAUGUUAUUGUACUGAAUGCGAUUGCCUCGUUAAUGAUAAUUAUUCCAAAUAGAUUUCUAACAUAUCUAUUUUGCAUAGCCUGUGUAGGAAAAUGAAGCCAUAUAGAUAUUCAA